AUGGUCGAGGCAGAUCUUCGACGCGAUGCUAUUGGCCUAGCAGCGGCCAUGACAGCCUGCGAGAAGGAAGGCCUUUGGCAGAUGGCCGUCAACCUUUUCACAGUCCUGGCCGAUGUGCAUCAGGAUGUCGUCACCUACAGCACAGCCAUGGCCGCCUAUGGAAGAGGCUCGCAGUGGCAGGCGGUCUUGGUUCUGCUCUGGGACAUGGCAGAUGCGGAUGUGUCUCCGAACGAAUUCAGCUUCCACGCCGCUAUCGCAGCAUGUGCUGAUGAAGGUGCGUGGCAGUUGGCCUUGGCGCUGCUUGGGGCCAUGGAUGACAGAAGCAUCCGGCGCAGUGCGAGGUCUUUCUGCGCGGCGAUGUCGCCGGUGGAGACGGGGCCACCCUGGCCAAAGGCUCUUGCGCUUCUGCAAGCCACGUUGGACGCCGACUGCCUGCCGGACGUCAUUGCGCUGAACACCGUCUUGGGCACCUGUGAGGUAUGCAGGCAGUGGCUGGCAGCUUUGAGCUUGUUACUUGCUGCUGCCGCCUGGCAUCUGGAGCCACAGCUGGUGACCUGGGAGCGGGCCAUCGGUGCUUGUGCUGGCUCUGGCAAUUGGGCUGCUGGGCUGGCGCUGCUCAGGCAGAUGAUGCUGGACAGGUGGAAGCCCUCCACGGCGGCAGUUGGAGCCAUCCUCCGGGGCUUGGAUCGCUGCUGCCAGCCAUGGGAGUUCUCUUUGCAGCUGCUGCAGUGUCUGAUUGGCGAAGACGUGGCCCCCGACUGCGCUGCUUAUGGCGCGGUGCUCAAGACAUGCUACCACAGUGGGAAGCACCUGCUCGUUCCUGCGCUGUCUGAUGCCUUGGGUGAUGCUGGGAAGUUGGGCCUCUGGCGAAGCUUCCGGGGGACGUAG